GUUCUAGGUAUCGGCUUUUUUCUGAUAUAAUAUCCAGAAAACCCUUCUUUUCUCACUCACGCCGUUCAGUGUUCACAUCUUCGCGCCUUCCUCAAUUGCACAAUAAUCCGCCCUUAAGAUGUCGUCGUCUUACGCUAUGAAGUCCAUGGGACCAAAAGGUUAGAUAGAUUUUCACCGAAACAGGCUGUUUCUUCAAUGCUUGAAUCUUUCCACGCCAAGUUUGAUCCACUAUACUCACAUAUAAACAGCCUUCAAUCAUUCUUCUUCCAAUGAUGCUGAAGCCGAAUAUGAUCGACUACGCGACCUCGCUCACAAAGAAGCUGCCAAACGCUCCCAAUGUUUCGACCAGGCGCAUCAAGCCUACACAUCCGGCGACGGAGCCAGAGCUCAUGACCUUAGCGCCGAAGGGAAGAAACACGCGGCGCAAAUGGACGCAUACAAUAGACAAGCAUCCGACUACAUAUUCCGAGAGAACAAUGCCCCUGGCAGAGUUGGAGACGAUGAAAUUGAUUUACACGGACAGUAUGUCGAGGAAGCGGAACGGAUUGUGGAAGAGAGAAUCAAAUAUGCGCGACAACAGGGACAAUCGCAUUUACAUGUCAUUGUAGGGAAGGGCAAUCAUAGUAAAGAUCAUGUGCAGAAGAUUAAGCCAAAGGUUGAGGAAGUUUGCAGGGAGUUAGGUUUGCAGUAUGCGACGGAAGAGAAUGCGGGGAGGAUGUAUAUCAAUUUGCAAGGGGGGCCAGCUGUUAUGCCACCAAGUGGAGGAAGUCAUGGGGAAAGUCAUGGGGGACAACAUCAUGGUGGUCAGCAACAGGGUGGAUAUCAACAACCAUCUUAUCAACAGCCUCAGCAAGGAUAUCAGCAACCUCAACAGAGUGGAUAUCAACAAGGAGGAUACCAACAAGGCGGUCAACAGCAAGAACAGCAACAGCAGGACAACAACAACGACGAAUUGGAGAAAUUGGCGAGGAAAUUUCUUCCAAGAAUAUUACAGAAAGCGGAGAAAGCUUGCUGCGCGAUUAUGUGAAUUCUAAUUGGAUUUGUUUAGGUUACAAUUUUGCAUUCAUGGCUCUUUUUCUUCGAAUAUACCCUAGGUUAUAGAGGGAUUUCAUUGGGGAUAUGAUAUAUGGUUGCAUGUUAAGAGAGAUAUGGGAUGGUGUUUAAUGUUGGAUGUUAUGUGUAGGACUUGAGAUGAAAGAUCAUGAUUUCAUGAUAGAUUAGAUGAAUAAAUUUUUUUAAUAUCGUCCUAUUGCAUUUGUUCCCAGGAAUUCUAAUCCUUGAAUCCUGUGCAAAUUCAUCAAAUUCAUAGGUUCCUUGUAUUCAGAUUAAUCUAGAUACUCUCCGCACCUU